UAUAUUUAGGCUUAUCCUUUGACAAUCUUACCUUACACAAAUCGAUAAAACUAAUAUCCUCAGUUUUUCUUUAACAAAUCUUACCUUUUAAUAGCAAUAUUACCCAGCGUCUGACUAAUUUUAAUUAUGAGGGAAAAUCAAAUAACAUUAUAAUUUAAAAACUCUAAAUUCCCAUAAAAACCUUGUAAAUAAAGUCUAAAAUUUUAGCUGAAGUCUUUAUCAAACUAAAAUAGAUAGUAAUGAAGCUAUACUAACAAUUUUUAGAUAAAAACUUGUUGUAGUCAUUCAUUAAUAAGACAUGAGAAAUUGUAAAAUUCCUUACAUACAUAUUCGAAUAAAAAUGCUCAACCAUUAAGUCUUUAAUAAGCAAAACUAAGGACUAAAUAAGAAAGUUAAAUUAAUUCAAGACAGUACAAAUAGAAAUUUUGGAAGACUGAAUUAAGAUUUUUG